UCUUCCCGAGCUAAAUGGAAAACUCACUGGAAUGGCUUUUCGUGUUCCUACUCCUAAUGUUUCUGUUGUGGACUUAACCUGUCGGCUUCAAAAGAAUGCCUCCUAUGAAGAUGUUAAAGCAGCAAUAAAGCACGCUUCAGAGGGACAAUUGAAGGGAAUUCUUGGAUACACAGAUGAGGAUGUUGUCUCUAAUGACUUUGUUGGUGAUUCAAGGUCGAGUAUCUUUGAUGCUAAGGCUGGGAUUGGGCUUAGUAAGUCCUUUGUGAAGCUGGUCUCGUGGUAUGACAAUGAGUGGGGUUAUAGGUAUGUGUAUAUGUAAUUACAACUAAAACUUUUACAGACUUGUGCAUACAAAUCUUAGUUUUAAAUUGCACUCCACAACUAUAAUUGCGGAUGUUGAAGUCUCAGCAACAUUAAAACUACAAUUUCCACAACUGCA